AUGCCUAGUCUAGUGGUAUCUGGAAUAAUGGAAAGAAAUGGGGGCUUUGGAGAACUGGGAUGUUUCGGGGGAAGCGCCAAGGACCGGGGGUUGCUGGAAGACGAGCGCGCCCUUCAGCUGGCUCUCGAUCAACUCUGCCUCCUGGGUUUGGGGGAGCCCCCCGCCCCCACGGCGGGCGAGGACGGGGGAGGUGGGGGGGGCGGCGCCCCCUCGCAGCCGGCCGCCCCCCCGCAGCCGGCCCCGCCGCCGCCGCCACCGCCGCCGACUGCGCCCCCGGCCGCCCCGACGGCGACCCCCGCGGCGCAGACGCCCCAGCCCCCCGCCGCCCCCAAAGGGGCGAGCGACGCCAAGCUCUGCGCGCUCUACAAAGAGGCCGAGCUGCGUCUCAAGGGCAGCAGCAACACCACCGAGUGCGUCCCCGUGCCCACCUCCGAGCACGUGGCCGAGAUCGUGGGCAGGCAAGGCUGCAAGAUUAAGGCCCUGAGGGCAAAGACCAACACCUACAUCAAGACACCAGUGCGGGGCGAGGAACCGGUGUUUAUGGUGACCGGUCGCAGGGAAGAUGUGGCCACGGCCCGGCGGGAAAUCAUAUCGGCUGCUGAGCAUUUCUCUAUGAUCCGCGCCUCGCGCAACAAGUCAGGCGCCGCUUUUGGUGUGGCCCCGGCCCUGCCUGGCCAGGUGACCAUCCGCGUGCGAGUGCCCUACCGUGUGGUGGGGCUGGUGGUGGGUCCCAAGGGGGCGACCAUCAAACGCAUCCAGCAGCAGACCAACACAUACAUCAUCACACCGAGCCGUGACCGUGACCCUGUGUUUGAGAUCACGGGCGCCCCGGGCAACGUGGAGCGUGCGCGCGAGGAAAUUGAGACUCACAUCGCCGUGCGCACGGGCAAGAUCCUCGAAUACAACAAUGAAAAUGACUUUCUGGCGGGCAGCCCGGACGCGGCACUGGACAGCCGCUACUCAGAUGCCUGGCGGGUGCACCCACCGGGCUGCAAGCCCCUCUCCACCUUCCGGCAGAACAGCCUGGGCUGCAUCGGCGAGUGCGGAGUGGACUCCGGCUUUGAGGCCCCACGCCUGGGCGAGCAAAGCGGAGACUUUGGCUACGGCGGCUACCUGUUUCCAGGCUAUGGCGUGGGCAAGCAGGACGUAUACUACAGCGUGGCCGAGACCAGUCCCCCGCUCUGGGCGGGCCAGGAAAACGCCACGCCCACCUCGGUGCUGUUCUCUUCCUCUUCAUCCUCCUCCUCUUCUGCCAAGGCCCGCGCCGCCGGACCUCCUGGUGCGCACCGCUCUCCUGCAGCCUCUGCAGCGGCAGCCGCUGCCUCCUCCUCCUCGGCAGGGUCGGAGCUGGCCGGACUCCCGAGGCGCCCGCCUGGAGAGCCGCUGCAGGGCUUCUCGAAGCUUGGGGGUGGUGGCCUGCGGAGCCCCGGUGGCGGACGGGAUUGCAUGGUGUGCUUUGAGAGCGAAGUGACUGCCGCCCUUGUGCCCUGUGGACACAACCUGUUCUGCAUGGAGUGUGCAGUGCGCAUCUGCGAGAGGACGGACCCAGAGUGUCCCGUCUGCCACAUCACAGCCACGCAAGCCAUCCGAAUAUUCUCCUAA